GGACACGACUUGAGUGUGUCCAUAGAUCUAUGAGUGUGUCCCUGUUACUGUGAAGAUGUCCUCGGCCGGUUGCAAAGAGGAUCUCCUGCAGCAGGUGUCCCAGCUGUGGUCCAUGAUGGACGAGCUGUCCACCAGUGACCCCGCAGCUUAUCGCAAGCUCAUCCAGACUCAGCUGGAGGAGGGCGCCGGGUUCAGCUGCCCGCCGGAGCUCGACUCGUGUCUGUGCUCUGAGAUGCUGGAGCCGAACAAGGGGUUAUUGUAUCUCAACAUAUGCAGCUGGAAACGUGUGCCGGCGCCUCAGGAUCCCAGCAAGCCAUUACCUUUAUGUUCAGGAAAACUGGAAACAGGCACAAGUGAAAGUCAAGACUUGUACACUGUGUUGGAUGUGGCCUUAAACCCUGCAGUGCUGGAAACAGAUAAGAAGGACAAAUCAGAUUUGUAUACCCUGGCCCUGACCUUUGCCCAGCAGCAGCAUGGGUUGAGGUUAUCUCAGCAGUACACUGUCAUCACAUGUAGCCCACAAAGUAGUCAAGGUGACCUGAACCGCCGCCUUGGAUUUCAGCAGUGGCCCACCAACACCUCCAAACAACCCGACACAGCCAGUCAAACCCCGGCUUCCCUCCUGCAGCAGAUCGCCUCCCUGCGCUCGGAGCAACAAGACGACGAGCCGGCUGCCCAAAUUAUCUGCAAGCCCGUGGAGAACAAGAAGAAGGAUCUCAUCCAGGUCAUCUCCAGCACUUCUGUGCAGCCUCAGAAGCCAAGGCACCGACUGGAGGUGAAAACUGAUACAGCGGGGGUUCCUCGCAGCGUGGAGCUGACAGUGGAGCUGCCAAAGGUUCACUCCAUGUCAGAAUGCCAGCUGAGGAUUUCCAAGGAGGACGUGUUAUUGGAAGUGGAGGAUGUUUGCUAUUUGCUCCUGGAAUUCCCAGUAGCUGUGGAUGAAGACACUGCGUCUGCCGUCUUUAACAAGAAGAAACGACAGCUUGCGGUGAAGGUGGAUGUUCUGUGAUCGUUUGAUUUGAUUGACAGAGAAGCGUAGAAGAAAUGAUCAGUCCUGCUUGCAAUCGGCUGAGGAAGCUGUGAAGCUUAACGAGUGAAUCCUGACACUGAAUAUACCUAAAAAUGAAUUUACCUUUUUGGCAAAGCGAAAACAAAAGCUGCUCUCUAACCUGGUUCUUUCAUAGUAUGUUGAAAUUUUUUCUGUAACAAAUACUGUAUUUCACUGUGUGGGUUGAUCUGCAGCAGCAAAUUUAAUUCUCAGCCCAAAACCCAUUAAUUGACUUGAAUGACAGUCUGUGGGUUUUGUUUAUUAAUGUGUGGGUGUACAAGUCGCGGUGUGUAGUGGUUAGGAGCUGGUGUACGGUGUCAGUGCAUCACGCCGGGGGAAUAACUGACAGAAUGAUCCGUGCAGUAAUUUGCCUUUAUUAAAACAUCACAAUGGAUGGGGAAACAACAACAUCACUGUUUGGCAAUCUGGAACGUGUGAAAAAUCAGCACUGAUAACAGCUUCUUCUUUUUUUUUAAGCUCAUCCCAUGUUAUUUUUUGUAAAUCACAUUUCUUUUUAUAUAAUUCAGAGAUUCAAGUUUACUGAUUGUUAACUUUUAGUCCCCCGUAUUAAUGUAUGAGCUGCAAACAGUGGCUGAUACGCAUUAUUUAAAAAAUUAAAUAAACAAAAGUAUCCAAUGUGAAA